UUUUAUCCGCCAGCCCAGGACGCAAAUGUCUCCACCUCACAGACACACCUCUGGAUUGUAGCAGCAGCCCCGCCGAUGGUUUGAACGGGCGUUAAAGUGCGGGAAGGGAGUGGGACAAUUACAGGAUGAGUGAGCGAUACAAGCAGAUCGGAAGUAAAGGGGCUCUACUUGUAAUGGUGCUCGUGAUCAGCGUCUGGGAUAUGACCGCGCCGACGGAAGCCACUACAGCUGCACACCACGUACGAACAGGCACCUGCGAGGUGGUGGCGUUGCAUCGCUGCUGCAACAAGAACAAAAUCGAGGAGAGGUCGCAAACUGUGAAGUGCUCCUGCUUUCCCGGGCAAGUGGCCGGCACCACCAGAGCCGCCCCGUCGUGUGUAGAUGCCUCGAUAGUGGAGCAGAAGUGGUGGUGUCAGAUGCAUCCGUGCCUUGACGGGGAGGAAUGCAAAGUUCUUCCUGAUCUGAAGGGCUGGAGCUGUGCUACAGGGAACAAGAUCAAAACGACCAAGAUUUCUGCGGACAGAGACCAGCUUUGGUAACGUCAGAUGCCAAAGCAGAGUCCAGCGGAACCAACAGUUCUGGUUGGGUCAUCAAAGGAGAGGAGAGUAAUGCAAAGGACCUUUCUGUAAAUAGAGACUUCCUUUCUUCUGGACUGCAGUUAAUCUUUGGAAAACUGUGGAUGCUUCUUCUUGAACUCUGGACAUAAAAACAAGGAGUAAAUCCUAUUGAGAGUACGGAUUAUUCGCCACUUCUUCUUGAAGGACUCCAUAUGAUUAGCCUUACCGGACA